AUGAUCUGGAGAAGACUUGUCGCUGGCUGGCAAGCUGUGCUCUCAGCCCUGUCUUGGCUUGAUACGCCAUCUCCCCCAGGCUGUUUGGGAGGGGAAGUGGAGACUGCAUUCAAAUGCCUAUUGUCUGUCCUUCAGCUGGGAGCAGAGCCAGAAAGAGAGAGGCUCUGGCAGCAUCUGAUACAGGGGGCAGAUGUUAGGGGAAACAUACUCAUCCGUAAAAUGCUGUCGCUGGGAUUUUCAAAGGAGCCUCAAAGGUUAAGUGCCCAUGUGUUGGAAUGUGUACAUGAAGUCAAGAGAGAAAUCCUGGGCUCCUGGGAUUCCUGCUGGGCUUGGGGAAGCUUUUUGAAGGUAGCUCUUGCCACUGGGACAAGCCCUUGUGCAGCAUCUGUGGGUUGUCCAGGCUGCAGACUCUUGGCUGUGGAACUGACAUCCAGCAACACCAAGCCCGUGGUGCAGGAAUUCCAGAGUGUUGAGCUGUCCUGCAUCAUUAAAUCCACCGUAACACCAGAUCCCAGAAUCGAGUGGAAGAAAAUCCGAGAUGGCGAAACCUCUUACGUAUUUUUUGACAAUAAAAUGCAGGGAGACUUUGCGACUCGUGCAGAAAUUCUGAGCCGGACAUCGCUGGUGAUUAAAAACACCACCCGGAUGGACACUGCCACAUACCGCUGCGAAGUGGCAGCACCUUCUGAUACUAAAACCAUAGAUGAGAUUAAUAUCCAGCUUACAGUCCAAGUGAAACCUAUGACUCCUAGAUGUACUGUGCCUAAAGCUGUACCUGUUGGCAAGACAGCCUCUCUUCACUGCCACGAGAAUGAAGGUUACCCGAAGUCCACUUACAGCUGGUACCGCAACAGUGAACCUUUAUCACCAGAUACGAAAUCGAAUGCCAAAUUCCAGAAUUCCUCCUACACCCUGAACCCCACCACAGGCACUCUGGUUUUCCAUGCCGUGCACAAAGGCGACACAGGCCGUUACUCCUGCAUAGCAACAAACGAUGCUGGCUUUGCCAAGUGCGAGGAGCAGGAGAUGGAAGUCUAUGACCUCAAUAUUGGUGGGAUAAUUGGCGGAGUCCUGGUGGUCAUAGCAGUUUUGGUGCUCAUCACUCUUGGUAUCUGCUGCGCCUACAGAAGGGGUUACUUUGCAAACAGCAAAGAGAGUGGGGAAAGCUACAAGACUCCAGCAAAACCUGAUGGCGUUAACUAUAUCCGGACAGACGAUGAGGGUGACUUCAGACACAAGUCUUCAUUUGUCAUAUAAGAUGCCAAAAGAAUAUUGCAAACCAGCAAAAGCAAGUGUGAAAAUACCUCCUCCAGGAACUCAAAGCGAGAGCAAAAGAUGAAUUAAGUGCGCUUGGAAGAGUUUGGAACACACAAGAACUUGAUAGCUAGCUAUCUGUAUAUCCUUUUUUUCUUUGCCAAAGUUUAAAGUAACUCCUCACUGCCCAACUUGAGUCUCCCCUGCCUCCGGAGAUACCAACAGGAUCACCUAAACCUGUCCUUGGACUAAGGAAGCGUUUUAAUACUUCCCAAGAGACUGGGCUGUGGAAGCUUGUGGAAUUGCCUUCUAUUUGUGCUGCAGGGACACGGCCACAAUGUGCAAACCAACCAGGGGAACAGCAUUAGGUAAACGUGUAGUAGACAUUACUAGUACGUAUUACUAGUAGACAAAAAAAGGUGCUGAUAUGGCAAAAGAUGGACUUCAAAGAGUAAGAUUAAUCCAUGCAAGGGGGAGUCUUCCUCUCAGCAGCUUGUUGCCCAGGCCUGGCUGGUGACUUUUACACAUUUGUGAUUGUCUUGCGCUUUUGACUCUGACUGCUCAGGUGCAGAACGGGAUAUCUGAAUAGCCUACAGUGACAGAUACCGAUACAGUAAAUGCAACUAAUGUUCUCAGCCCUUUUGUAAACUUACCGAAUUCUCAUUACUCCAUUUAACAUUAAACACGGGCAGCAUCAGGCCAGAAGGAUUGCUUCUGUUCACUGCUUUAUAGAAAACUCAUUGCACGCAGGUAACCCCUCAUUCUAAUCUGCACAAAGCAGGCUUGCCUCUUGCGUCUUUUGGUAUUUUAAAGAGGCUUAUAGUGGAGGCAGAGAACCUAGUGCUAAGACAUCCCUUUCAGGAAAAUUAAAGCCAAAUACUUUCAUGGGCUAAGGUUGCCAUAAAAGGUACUGAGAUAUCUUCAAGCUUUUUUACCUUCUCCAUUUAUUUUGUAAAAUCCCACAUUCUAAAUUUUUUGCAAAGAUAUAUUUUGAUUACUUCAGAAACGGUAACAUUUCUAUUUAAAGUGUAAAUACGUGAUGCCAGCAGUGUUUAAGUAAUGUAGCUAUUUUUUUACUUUUUAAGCUACAGAGAGGAGCUCACAUGUUGCUAUAGUAUGGCACUGUCAGAGCAUAUCAGUAUUAUUGCAAAGUGUAAUAAAAAACUGCAGGUGGAACAGCAUCUCUUUCCUCCUAAGCUAGCUUCAGCAAUUUCCUUGUCACAAGAGGUCUUACCAGACACAGAACAGAGUCACUCAGGGAUAGUUUUUGUAAAUUUAUGGCAGAAGCUAUCAACUUUUUUAUACAUAAAACUUAGUUUUCUUGCCAGUGACCAACACUUUGUUUUUGUUGUUGCAAGAAAUAUCCAGGGAUGGCUUUUGGAUUCAGUUCCAACAAGGUGACAGAGUGACUUCAAUGUUUGCUACCCCUCUGCAAGUUCCCUAAAGCACUAACACAGUGCGACAGCUAUGGCAACUUUACAGGUUUAAACUGCAUAGCCAAGGCAACUGUUUCUGGAGUUGGGAAAGCAAAAGCUCAAUACAAAAGCACUUUUGUAGCGUCAGUUGCAACUUUUCUCUAGAUGGUAAAAGAAAAAAGAAGAAAAAAAAAGAAAACAAAUCUAGUUCUCUUGGCUUUAGAGAGAAUAAUUGGAAACACGUGUUUCCCAGAAACAUACAUGUUGAUAGUGUUGAACAGCGUUGGGUAAUAUAAGACUGCAAGAUGUGGAUGCAACACUAGAACUGUGCUGUGGUUUAAGAUUUUUUUUUUAAUGUAGCAUAAUUUAGUGUUCUUGUAUUUCCAAUAUGAAUUGAGUUGUCUUAACUUUUCCUGUAUACAGUAUUUUGGAUACUUGAUGAUUUGGACUGUCAGUGUUAUUUUUUAGCAUUCUGCAUUAAUCUGCUUUGUUUCCUAGGGGCCUCGCUGGACAUGCCAUUGCUGCAUUUGUUUUGCCUAAACAAAGUGUUACCACUUCUUUUGCUAAUGAAAGUAAAAAUAAGGAUGGGGCAGCAAUAACCAUAUGUUCUCUGUGUAACUUGGACAUUACCACUGCUACCUUGCAACUACAUUAUGGUUACCUUCUUAAGACAUGCUCUUCAACAAAGCCACACAGUACUGUUCACUGGCUGCAUGCUGCCUCUAAUCAUUGACAGUAGUGAGUGUAACAUUCCUUUGCACCUUCUGUAUAUCCACUACUCCUUUUCUAUGCUGCUUUUAGGAUACCUAUAAUAAGGGAGAGAAAGAAAAGGUUUGAAUCAGGGUAGCUCUGGGCACUAUGGGAGCACAAUCUACAGUCUCACCAUGAGCCAAAGGCAGCCUUCAUAUGAAAAGCCAGCAAGCUAAGAAUCAGGACUUAUUUUUCAGUUCUAAAAUGUGACAGUGGCAUCUCUAGCGAGAGAAGGGGAGAUGAUCCCCCUGAAACAGCUCAUGAGAUCUGAUUGAUGGAAUUCAUUGUAUCUUUGUGAAUAAUAUUCAGGUUUGUACUAAUGUAUUAUGUUUAACUUUGCCAAGAAUGUUUUACAUAAAUACCAAGCUAUAAAGCAUUCU